UCUCACCAUCAGACCAGGACGUUAUAUUAACUACAUAUUAUAUUUCCCUAUUCCCAUAAUAACUCUGUUUUCUAGUACUCUUCUGAAAAUAACAAUCCAGAAACAACACUGGAUAUCUAAUUAAUCACUCCAUCCCUGAAGCAAGGAAACAGUUUGUCAUCAAUGGCUUCCACAUCUUCUGGUUCAUCCAACCUGCUGCCAAACUCUGGAUCUGAAGCUGAAGUACUUCAGGCUCUGAUGGAUCAGAAGAAGAGGAAGAGAAUGCUGUCCAACCGAGAAUCAGCCAGGCGGUCAAGAUUAAGAAAGCAGAAACACUUGGAUGAUCUCAUGGCGCAGGUAAGCCAGUUAAAGAAAGAUAACGGUCAGAUUAUCACCACUCUGAAUCUCCGCACACAACACUACCUUGUCGUUGAGGCAGAGAACUCUGUCCUUAGAACUCAGACCAUGGAGCUCUGCUCCAGACUCAGUUCCCUCAAUGAAAUCCUGCACUGCAUCGGUGGAGAAACUCAGAGCCCAUGGAACUUUUUGUCCAUGAACCAGCAGCCUGUCAUGGCUUCAUCUGAUAUCAUUCAAUAUUACAUGAUGACGACAUGAUGUAAUUACGAAUGUUUUAGUAAAAGUGGUGGUUUUGCUGUAAGUUUUGGGAUGGAGGUCAUUUAUGUAAUAGAUUAUUAGCUAUAAAACCUUUUGCUUCCUGCGCUUCAGACUUAGGGCUCGUUUCGGUUG